AUGGACUAUAAUAGGAUGAAUUCCUUUUUAGAGUAUCCACUUUGUAAUCGGGGACCGAGCGCCUACAGCGCCCCAACCUCCUUUCCCCCCAGCUCAGCUCCAGCCGUUGACAGCUACGCAGGGGAGAGCCGCUAUGGUGGAGGGCUGCCCAGCCCAGCGCUCCAACAAAACUCGGGGUAUCCUGUCCAGCAGCCACCUUCAUCCCUGGGGGUGUCCUUUUCCAGCUCCGCUCCCUCGGGGUACGCCCCAGCGGCCUGCAACCCCAGCUAUGGGCCUUCUCAGUACUAUUCUGUGGGUCAGACGGAAGGAGAUGGAGGCUAUUUUCAUCCAUCGAGCUACGGAGCCCAGCUAGGGGGUUUGCCCGACAGCUACGGAGCGGGUGGAGUCGGCCCAGGGCUGUAUCCUCCGCCGCAGCCCCCUUACGGAACUGAGCAGACCGCAAACUUUGCACCAGCCUACGAACUCAUCUCUGAGGACAAGGAAUCAUCCUGUUCUUCAGAACCCAGCACUCUCACUCCACGGACCUUCGACUGGAUGAAGGUCAAGAGAAACCCACCUAAGACAGCGAAGGUGUCGGAGCUGGGACUGGGCACUCCCGGUGGCCUCCGCACAAACUUCACCACGCGCCAGCUGACCGAGCUGGAGAAGGAAUUUCAUUUCAACAAAUACCUGAGCCGCGCGCGGAGGGUGGAGAUCGCCGCCACCCUGGAGCUCAAUGAAACACAGGUGAAGAUAUGGUUCCAGAACCGGCGCAUGAAGCAGAAGAAAAGAGAGCGAGAGGGAGGCAGGGUGCCUACAGCCCCUUCAGGUUGCCCCAAGGAAGCGCCAGGAGAUGCCUCCGACCAGUCCACGUGCACCUCCCCAGAAGCCUCGCCCAGCUCCAUCACCUCUUGA